ACAGACAAACAGCUGCCGGUAAUUAUGCUAGAUGUGAGCAUGGUAUUAGGAUAUUUUUUUUCCUUAUGCGAGUGGUUGAAUUGUUCCUGGGAUAACUGUCCAUGCUACCUAUCGAGACACUCAAUCCCGAAGUUGAAGAUUUUUGUACCUCAACUUUUAGCCACUGAAGAAGAUGAAUGGUUAGAGAAAAAAUGAUUGUUAAUUUAGAGUUGGUGAAAAAGAUGGCUGUUGAGACAGAUUUCGAUAAGGUACUUGAGGAUUUUAGGAAAAGAUUUGUCGAAAUCGAAGAAAAGAGUAAAAAAGAUGAAAUGAGGCGUGUUAUGUUGGAAACUGAGGUUGAAAAUUUGAAGAAAAGGAACGAAGAACUCGAGGGGAAGAUCGUGGCGGUUCAGAAGGUUGUGGUUGAUCCAAACUAUGUGGAAAGGGAGAGCGACAGACUUAUUGAGGUGAUGAUUGAAAACAAGGUUUUGGAAUGUGAGAAACGCAAGGCGGAAACCGAGGUAUGUUUUUGGAAGGAGAAGGUUAAGGAAUUGGAGGCAAAGAUUAAGGACAUGAACAAUAAAGUCGAUGUUGAUGUUAGAAAACGGUUAUCGAGUGAGGAAGACGGGUGCGCCAAUAAGAAGUUGGGGCCGUCUACUCUAUCCUCUUUGCAUGGCGUUAUUGAUAUUCGUGAUGAGGAUGAAAACUCUAACGACAUUCCAAAAGUUCGAGAAUGUGAUGAUGGUCAAUGUUCUUCUGAAAAUAACCUCCAAAAGACUAAUGUGGAACAUAUUGGUGAAGAACAUAUGGAAGAGUUUAGAGUUCAUGCAUCGAAUACCAGAAAUGCUAAAAGAAAACGGGCUGCCAAAAUCGUUGCUAGCGAUGAUGAGGACAGUCAUGAUGACAAUGCUCCAAUUUGCACGCUCAAAACACGACAUAGCUCUCGGGUUAGUACAGAAUCAAAGGAAGAAGUGGAAGAGAAUGUAAGUAGGAGGUACAUAACAAGGCUGAGGAAAUCAGAAUCCAAAAACAAACAACACGAAAGCGUUAUCAAUUUGAAUAAAAUCGUUAGUUCAAGCGAGGACGAGGAAGAUAAUGAUGACGUAGAUGAGUCAGAGAGUGAAGGUAAAGGUUUGGGUGGAUUUAUCGUUGAUAGUUCUGAAAUUGCUUCUGAUUGUGACAUUGAAGGUAGUCAUAACGCUGAUGAAUCGGAAGACGCCUUAAAUGAAUAUAAAGUAACUAUGGAUAUAAUUCGCAGGAAAAAGAUUUCGAAUAUGAAGUGGGAUCUAGAGGCUGAUAUGUUAUCUGAUUUUGGUAAAGAUCUUGAAUUGUGUAUGAGGGCGGUUUGUGCUCUUUACAGGCAACAAACAGCUGAUGAGAAAGCAUCUAAACUAACAACACACCAAAACGAGCGCGGGUUUAGCCAGGCUGAUGCAUCCAGGGGUUGUAUGCUGGCUGAAUUUCUCACGGAUGGAGAUCCUAAUUGUGACCUUAACAAAACGGUGGAAGAACUGAAAGAAUAUGGCUCGAAGGAGGUCAAACUAUGCAGGGCACUUGCAGCUACAUACUCAAAACAGUUAUAUGAGAUUUACCAGAACAAAGAAGAUCCUUAUUUCCUGCCACAACGAUAAGUUCUUGCUUGCCGCACCCUCACGUGCAAUUUCAUUCAAUGUUAGUUUUUUUUUUUUUUUGGCAAUUAAAUUCUCGGUUCUUGUCUCAAAUGUUAAUGCUGGUCCCUACCUUAUGGUUAUUUUCUAACAAAAACCGGUUUCUAUGGUAUUGGUUCGUAACCAGCCAGUUAUGGUUAUAAUAACCGGUUAAUAUUGUGCACCUCUACGUUACAGUGGGUUAUUGAGUCUUGUAGUCAAUUAUUUUCAUAUGGGUCAGCUUAUUAGUGUAUGUUUAAGUGGUUAGUUCUUAAACUGUUAAAUUGCUAGUGGUUUAGAGGUUUUCUUGUGCA